AUGACUAUGACCAGGACACCCGAACCUGCACAGGGUGGUUCCUCUUCACCAGACGAGCAUACUUCCGCUCUCACCAACUCGGCAUCAUUACGCCGUUUGUUACCAGUCGGUUCGGAAGAGUCUCUUUCACGGCCCCUAGCUCCCGCCAGAUCAUCGGCCUCUACCUCACCUAGCAGUACUACUACCGGCCGAACCACACUUACCAAGACUCAGGCCCGGUCCGCUGUCCCUACCGGUCGGUCCAAGAGACAGGCAACCACUGCCGCAUGUGGUGCCUGUCGGAGGCGCAAGUCCAAGUGCAAUGGCGAGCGUCCAAAAUGCUCUGCCUGUCAUGACCGCGGCACUGACUGUGAGUAUGACACCAAUGUGGCCGAGACUCAUGCUCAAGCUCUUAAGCGCAAGUAUGAUGAGCUCCAAAGUUCAAAAUCGGCUGCCGAGAAAGUCUUUGAAAUUCUCCAGACCAAGGACGAAAAGGAGGCCGGAGAGGUCUUCCAGCGCAUCCGGAGAGGUGCCGAUCCUGCCACCAUCCUGCGCCAUAUAACCUUUGGCGAUGCUCUCAUUCAGCUUGCCUUGGCCCCCGAUACAGGCUAUCGAUACGAGUUUCCCUACUUGCCUGGCAUGCCUGCCUUCUUGCAGCGGCACGACAACGUCUACCUGGAUUCCGAAUACUGGAAUCCCGCAAACAUCGUUUACAUGUUCUUGGCAGAAGCCAAAAGGCUUUUUGAGAUCGACUCAGAACUUGAAAGACCUAUACCAAUGCUAAACGAUCCACACGGAGAGCGAAGGUUGAGGGAAUGGGAGGAACGGCGACUAACUACCAUACAAGCCGGUCUUCUUUUGAACGUUCUCUAUCUUUUCAACGGUUCCGAUAAGAUCGGGUGGCGCUACUCCCUUCGCGCGAUCGACAUGGCCCAUGAGAUCAAUCUUUUUGGGGCUGCGCAGCCUGAAAUGGACCGCGAAAUGCGGAAUGUCAGAGAGUUUACGGCCUGGAUAGUUUUUACAUGGCAGAGGGCCCCUAUAAUGAGGCAUCCGCCUCAGGUGCCCCUACCGGAUCCUAUUGAGAAUCCGCAGUGGUACGGUGAGAUCUGGGUAAAAUACCCCGGAAGUCAAUCACGGUUCCCGACACAUCUGGGAUUCAUGUUCAAGGCGAAAGCUCAACUUUGGACCAUCAUGAACGACCUUUCCCUCCUCUCGUUCCGGGACGGGGGUCUCCCAUUGAAGAUGUCAAGCUCUCAGGUCCUCGAAUUCUACAACAGGCUGGUUAACUGGCUACACCAACUCCCCGAACCUCUUUCACCGCGAAAGAUUGUGACGCCUCACCAGAUGAAGCUGCACAUGCACUUCUACUUCAUCCUCAUCAACAUGCUACGGCCCAUAGUCACGUCUGAAUGGAGGAACGGGAUACCGCCGGGUAAGACGAUCCCGCCCUGUACGCCACACGACGCUUACCUAAAUGCUACCAUUCUGUUCGAAACACUCAUCCGCAUUUACUACCUCCGCCAUGGGUUCGAAGCCUUGGACAGUUUCUUGAUGCAGUUCCUCGGCGCUCUCGCCUACAUGACGAUUGAUGCGAUUGCCCAAAACCCAUCAGCGCCCCAUGUUGAGACGCUCCGGUCAACGGCCCUUCUCGCAACAAAGGGCAUGUGGGAACAGGCCCAAAGUCUCUACGUUGCCCGUGCGGUCUUACGACUACUAGCAAGUGCGAUGAGACCGGAGGACGUGCAACUGCUCAAAAAGUUUGCUAACGUCGAGGCCGAGACGGACAUAUAUGCUGCUCCUCUGGAGCAACCUGUUCAGUCGGAUUGGCCUACGUAUGUCGUCCGGCUUGAUCAGAAUCCGGACACGGUGAGACUGGGCAAGACGCUUAGCAGCAAACUGGAGCGGUUGUCUUUGGAUCUCACCGCUUCGUCUCCUCCAGUGGAGUCCACACCACGGCCACGAAAUUGGUCGGUUAUCCUAUAA